AUUCAACAUAUUUACCAUAUUAUAUAUAUAUAUUACCCAAUGACAUAUAAUUAUAUGUCAUUGAUAUUACCUAUCACGUAAAUUUUACGAUUUCAAUAUACUAGUUUAAGACAAUAUGUCUUUUCGACCAAAGAUUUCCCAACUACCACGAGCAGAAUUCUUUCACGAUACCUAUCAUAAAUUACGUGAGAAAACAAAUAAAGCUCUAUUUGACUCUCCUCUAUUAAAAACAUAUUCUUAUGGCAUUUUUAAUAAACCUCUAUCCAAAGAUUUUAAGCAUCCUAAAACUUUAUUAUCAGACAAAUAUGAGAGUCUUGAUUAUGAUCCAUGCGAAAACUCUUUGGUAUUAAGUUCAGAAAAAAAAUUAACUUUUAAAGAUGUAAAAUGCAUUCAAUUUCAAAGGUGGUUAGUAAUGCUGUUAAUAGGAGUUUUAACAGCAGUAAUAGCCUGUAUUAUAGACAUUGCCAUUGAUUAUUUGACAGAAGGAAUAUAUAUAAUUAUGAAAUAUAGAUUGGAUAAUAUGGUUCAAAAUCUUUCGAUUGACCCUUUUUUACCUUAUGAUAAAACAACUGAUAUAUUUACUUCAUUUAUAAUGAAACCUUAUUUUUUAUGGAUAGCAUUUGGGUUAUUAUUUGUAAUUCUUCCAGUAUUAUUAGUGGUGUAUAUUGAACCUAUGGCAAGUGGAAGUGGAAUAUCACAAAUAAAAUGCUUUUUGAAUGGGGUUAAGAUUCCAAAUAUAGUUAGGCUGAAAACUUUAACAAUUAAGAUUUUUGGAAUUAUUUGUGCCAUAUCAAGUGGUUUAAUUAUUGGAAAAGAAGGUCCAAUGAUACAUAUAGGUUCAAUUAUAGGAGCAGGGGUGUCUCAAGGAUGUAGUUCAACUCUAAAAUUGGAUUUAAAAAUUUUUGAAAGCUUUCGAACAGAUAAAGAAAAAAGAGAUUUUGUUUCUGCAGGGGCAGCAGCUGGUUUAUCUGCAGCCUUUGGAGCUCCUGUGGGGGGAGUAUUAUUGAGCCUGGAAGAAGGUGCUUCUUUUUGGAAUCAAGCUCUUACCUGGAAAAUAUUCUUUGCAUCCAUGACAUCCACUUUUACCCUUAAUGUUAUCAUGAGUGCGUACAGAGGCCACCCUGGGGAAUUAUCCAACAGUGGUUUGAUUAAUUUUGGCAAGCUUAAUGACAUAUACUACAGUAUCAAAGAAGUUCCGAUUUUUAUUAUCAUGGCUAUCAUAGGAGGAAUAUUAGGCGCAAUCUUUAAUCAUAUAAACUUAAAGAUGACCCUCUUCAGAACUCGCCACAUCACAAAGUCUUUUAUGAAAGUGGUUGAGGUUUUACUGGUUAGCCUAAUUACGUGUUCGAUUAUUUUUAGCCUCAUAUAUUUCUCUCAAUCAUGUUCACCCUUACAAGAUAUGAUUAUUAGGCCAGUUAAAAUGUUUUGCAAUGACGGGGAAUAUAAUUCGAUUGCCACCAUGUUCUUUCAAACUGCAGAACAAAGGAUUAGAGGUCUUUUACAUGAUAGCCCAGGCACAUAUAACACAUGGUGGCUUUUAUAUGUAUCAAUUGUCUGGUUCUUCUUAGCAUGCUGGACGUUUGGAAUAUCUGUACCCAGCGGUAUUUUUAUUCCUUGUUUAAUGAUAGGAGCUGCUUGGGGGAGAUUAAUCGGUGUAAUAUUACAAAAGAUAUUUCCCCACGCCAUAUGGGCAGCCAACCCUUCCAAAUUCGCCUUAAUUGGAGCUGCCGUUCAGCUUGGGGGGGUUGUUAGAAUGACCCUAAGUCUCACUGUUAUGCUCAUUGAAGCUACCGGUAAUAUAACUUUUGGUCUCGUGAUAAUGCUGUGCCUCAUGAUAACUAAAUGGGUGGGUGAUCUAUUCAACGAGGGCGUUUACGAUAUGCAUAUACACUUGCUUAGUUUGCCUUUUUUGGAUUGGGAACCACCUCCACUCUCUUCCCACAUCACCGGAAACGAAAUAAUGAGCCAUCCUGUAACCACUUUUCGCACCAUAGAAAAAGUAUCUACGAUAAUUCAGGUGCUGAGGACGCAAAAACAUAACGGGUUUCCUAUAGUUGAUACCGCUAGUGAACCUCACCGACUUUCUUUCGGUCGAUUUCGAGGCUUAAUACUCAGAUCCCAAUUACUCGUUAUAUUAAUGCAAAAGUUCUCUAAGAACAAAAUACCUCAAAUUAUCAGUAAUACUCCUCCAGACAAAGAAAUUGAUUCACUAAAUAUUCUCCGAAAACCUGAUUCUUCUCCGGUGUUGAUCAAUAAGAAAAAUGACAGUUACGAUAAUCAAUCCAAUUUCCAUUCCUUCUCCUUCUCGUCCUCUUACAAGUGGAGAGAUAUUGAUGGCAAGGUAAAUUAUCCCACUCAAUUGCCCCUUUUAUUGGAUCAUAAUAAAAUUCAAAGUUCUUUCGAAGAUUCAGAUAAAGAUAAGGACGAUCCUAAAUUCAAUAAUGCUCACAAUAACAAUAAUUACAAUUUUAUCAAAAUCAAUGACACCAGAGGCAAAAGAAAAAUAGCUGGUCGAAAUAUAACUAAUGAUACUCAUGAAUCAUCAAAAUCCGCGAAAUCAUAUGGAAAAAAUGCGACAAUCGAAAAUAUUUUCGACAAAACCUUUAAUAGUGACAAUUUAAGCAACGAAAAUAUCCUCACGCUUAAAGAUUUUAAAGAUCCUUAUCCCAGAUUUUUUGAUAUUCACGACAUAGAGUUCCCUUCCCCUGAAUCUUUACUACAUUCCCAAUGGGUAGAUCUACAACCUUAUUGUUGCAAGGCUCCCUACACCAUCUCCUACUCUGCAACCUUGCCCAGAGUCUUCAGAUUAUUUAGAGCAUUGGGUUUGAGGCAUUUGACGGUUAUAAACGAAAAAAACGAAGUAGUAGGCAUGAUAACGAGAAAAGAUGUCGCAAGAUUUAGAUGGUUCGAGUCCAGAGCAAGGGGCUCUGUUAAAGAACUCAAAAUCUUUCAGGAAUAAAUAAAAUGAUUGCUAGAAAAAUUUUAAAAAUUGACUUAAUCUCCUUUUGCCUAAGUAUGACUCUAAUUGAUUUUCCAAUGUUAGUGCUAAUACAUUUACUCAGAGAUAUAGUUGUACAUAUAUAUAUAUAUAUUUAUUGUGGAUUUACUAAAAAAAUUAAUAUUAUGUAUAGAUUCAUAUUUAAACUGCUAAUGUUAACAAUAUAAU